UGCACGCCGGGAAGUUAAGUGAUUCCAUUCGUAAAUUUAUUUUAUAGGAGAGUAAUAAGCGGUACGCACCUUAAAACUUAUGUUCAUGUCUGGGCAAUUACAACUGGUGUGUGUACUUGGAGUCAAUUGGACGUUUUUAACACAUGGUGUAGUUGGAGCGACAUCUUCUGUUUUGUUUGUUUACAUCGACGAUUUCAUACCGAGGAUCAGUGCAUAAACGAUUCGAACUUCACUAAAAGACGUCUGCGAUAUUGUUUACUCUCGUGCAUACUGAUGUUUUGGAUAGUACGGAAUGUAUUCGUCGUUAUACGGAAUUGUGGCAUUACACUGAAGAUUUCCCAAUGUGAUUAAAUAUUACGAGGCAAGAGCUUGUGCUUUGUCUUAUUUCAACAGAUAAUUAUGUCUUCAAAACAACAGAGACAUGUCAAGGGUUUCACCGUCAUUAAAGUACCAGUUAACGGUGGCAAUGCCCAGAUGGAAGCUUCCCUUGUAAACAAAAUUCCAGGUCCACCUCAUCUGAUACAGUGGAUGAAACGACCCGAUUCAAUAGCCGGUUGUCCGAAAGGUCUCGAAUAUCUCACAAAGUUGGAUCAGCUGAUAAUUAAGCAACAAAUGGAAAAUCUCGAAGUGUUCACCGGUUGGGAGGCUGCCAACAAAUACAAAAUUCUAAAUACAAACGGACAACAAGUCUAUUUCGCAGCGGAAGAAUCCGGCAUGUGUGGGCGCCAAUGCUGUGGGUCGAGCCGAGGUUUUAGUCUCCAUAUUACAGACAAUACCGGACAGGAGAUCAUCAAGUGUGUUCGAGAUUUUAAAUGCUGCGUCGGACUAUGCUGGCUGGCUAACUUUGAUGCAUGGGCCCAUGAAAUAGCUGUGGAGGCACCUGUAGGGACAGUUGUGGGAUAUGUACGACAAGAGCGGUCACUGUGGACCCCCCACUAUAGCAUCAGAGAUGCUAGCAGGGAAACUGUAUUUAACAUAAAGGGUCCUUGUUGUGUGGUGAAUGGAUGUUGUUGGGACCAAGAUUUUAUUGUGUGGUCUAAGGACUGGACAGACGAGGUAGGAAAGAUCAGCAAGAAAUGGAGUGGGUUUACAAGGGAGUUAAAUACAGAGGUCGAUAAUUUUGGAAUUAAUUUUCCAAUGGAUUUGGAUGUCAAGUUGAAAGCAGUGAUGCUGGGAGCCGUUUUCCUCAUUGAUUUUAUAUUUUUUGAACAGAAACAGAACUUGCACCAUUGAAACACCAGUGUACCUUGGAUUAUUUUCUGCGGAAAAGAUGGAUACAUGCAAUCUAAUUAUCUAAGCCAUACAAUAUUGAUUGAUCCGACAUCUCAUAUAGAUUUUAUCACUGAUUUCAUUAUCAAUAAUGACACGAUGUCAAAAUACUUCAUUCGUUGUAGUUGCAGCAUCCACUGCUUCUUAAACAGAACAUGCUCUUACUCAAAACAACAUUUGAAAAUGAUAAUACCAUAUGUACAUUAUAUUUGAUAAAAAAAAAGAGCAACAACAUAGUGUAACAAUGUAACAUAUAGGCCGAUUCGGAAUCUAACUCACAAAAUAAGCCGCAUAUAAGAGAUGGAAAAUUAAAAUCAAAGUCGUAAGAACGAGUUUGAUUCGAGGUGUAUCGGUGAAACAAUGACGGUGUCAUUGGUCUUGCCAAGAAAGUGAAGUGACAAGAAAGCAAAAUCUAUUCGAUUGCGAAUAUAAUGUUAUUCUAUUAGCUCAGAUGGUGACAUCAUAAUAACAGAAAUCCAUUAAACAACACAGUAAUAAGAAAUAUCUAAAUUACAGAAAAAAAUAAUGUAGUCUUAAAGUGAUCGCUUAUAAAACCAAAACAAUACUCAUUUUACGGUAUGCAAUUACAGUAAUUAGUUUUUAUUAUAAAUUUAAAAGAUGAAAAGAGAAGCUGAAACUUUUAAGGUUGGUAAAAGCGCAAAGUGUGUAAACAUUUGAUAUUAAAAUACACAACGGCCUUCACUAAGCCAGCUGUGUAUCCAAUUAGAGAGCGAUUGGUCGAUAGUUUAAGCCCCGACGUUGACAUGAUCCCAUGACGUCUGCAUACCGUUUAAAUCAGAGGUUUGCCUCUGAGAGUAGACGGGAUAUGUCGAGAUUGCAAAUUGUUAUAGUUUCACGUACACCUGAGAAACCGUAUACAAAGUAGAUAUUGUUCAUAUUUAUGAUUUUGCAUUGAUGUACCAAUAUUGAUUUAAAAAUGUAUGUAUUCAGUAUCGUGAAUUCAAAUAAUUAAUCAACAAUCUCAAAAACAGAAACUAGUUGUUAUUAUUUAGAUGUUUCUUAAACUAAAAUUAAGACACAUUAUCAGUCAUUGAAUAUUUUAUCUGUGAUGUCUGAAAAAAAACAUGUAUUACUUCCUUAGACACUCUCAAAUAUUAGCGUAUGACCUUGAAAUUACAAUAGCUCUAAGAUGAAUCUAUGGACAUUCAAUGGUUGCCGUGCUGUACAUAUAUAGCAAAUGCAUCAUAACGUAGUGAAAUUUAUACAGUAAGGAGCGCGCUAAACUAAUUAUCAAUCAUGGACGUUUCAUGAGAACAAUGUAGUGUUUACCAACCAAAUACAAAAUAUUAACCGAGGGAGAAGGUCCUCACAUUUUCAAAUUUGUACAUAUCUACAUUAAAUCAAUGAUACUUCUUAACCUAUUAUACAGAAAACAUUUCUUUUUCUUCACAGAGUAUCAUAAAAUAAAACAUUUCAAAAAACACAAAAUACAGAGUUAGAAUAUCCCAAGUUAUCUACUAUCACAAAUACAUCAUCAUGUUUUCAUUUGUGGCUGUCGAUAUACAUGUACAGUAUCUUAUAUAAAAACACAGAGGUCCGAAUGGCCCAGUUCAAAAUUUAUAGAUUACAUGUCGAUAUGUAAUAUAUAUCAACCAGCGCAUGACGGUCGCUUAUCCAAUAAGAACAGGGGAAAAGAGUAAUAUACAUUUAUAUACUUAACAGUUCUAUACAUAAUUUUUGCAAUGCGACACUUGCUAAAUUGUGGUUCAAUCAAGUUAAUGAAGUAUCUAGUACAUUUUCUAUUUUCGUUUGUUUGAUUCCAUGUAGUAAUUGAUCUGUCAAAACCACAUUGAAAUUGAAUUACUGAAAAAUUGACAUAAGCUACUAUCAAUUACAUUCGGUUUGUUGAUUUUGUACGGUUAUCAAAACAAAAGGAAAGGUCGUGUUAUAUCCAAGCGACAUUAUUACAAAUUGUCAAAAUUUCGAGGCACCUGCAUUUUGCCAAAAAUAAGAAAACACCUACAUUGAACAACAAUUACAGAUAGAGCAGCAGACUACAUUGUCGAUCUAAAACAACAAGCAUGCUACUUCAAACCUGAAGUUUAAAUUAUUACAUUUUGAAAAUGAACAAAAUAUUGUGAUAUCGUUUUCUUACACAUAAGCCUAACCGGCAUUUGGCAAACAGAAAAACUAUAGCAAAAAUCUCCACCAUUGAUGGUAUCAAUCCAAUUGCUUCGUCCUAUUUUGCGAAAACAAUAUUUCAUCAACUGGGUAUCUCAUUUAAGUAUUCUGAUUACAAUCUACACGUAUUAUACAUUGUUACAGAAAAGAGUAAAUU